UCUGCGCUCUCCAGCUACAGCUGAGCAGCAGUGCGUUACGGGUGGGACAGCAUCACCUCACUCACACCAGCGCACGAAACCACCUGCUCCAUCAAGACUUAAUAAUUUAACUCCAGAUUAAAACUGACCCGGACUGUCAGCGUUAGAGAUAAGCAAACAUGGGCAAGAAAUUCAAACUGUCCAAAGGCAAAAAGGAGGAGAAUGGUGAUUUAAGCACUGAGAAAAAUGGAAAGGAAGAAGAGAAUACCAAAAUAGAGAUGGUGGGACCAAUAGAAAUAUUUCGCUAUGCAGAUGGUGUUGACAUUUUCCUUAUGCUGGUUGGCGCAGUUAUGUCCAUGGCCAAUGGGGCAGUACUUCCACUCAUGACUAUUGUAUUUGGAGACAUGACAAACAGCUUUGUGGACAGUACAAUAUUAGACAGUUUAAAGGACAACGUCACCUUUCCACCCAACUACACCUUUCCAGAGUUCACUAAUGUAACUUUAGGGGAGCAGAUGACAAAGUAUGCCAUAAACUACAGCAUCUUGGGGUUUGUAGUCUUGGGGGCAGCAUACAUGCAGGUUGCCUUUUGGACUCUUGCAGCAGGACGUCAAGUGAAGAGACUUAGAAAGAAGUUUUUUCAUUCCAUCAUGAAACAGGAGAUCGGUUGGUUUGAUGUCAACGAGACAGGACAGCUGAACACACGUCUCACAGAUGAUAUCUACAAAAUAAAUGAAGGCAUUGGGGAUAAGCUUGGCAUGCUUAUUCAGUCCUUGACCACUUUUAUUACCGGCAUCAUCAUUGGCUUUGUCAAAGGCUGGAAACUCACGCUCGUCAUCCUCGCUGUUAGCCCAUUGCUCGGAAUCUCGGCUGCUAUCAUUGGAAAGGUGAUGACAUCAUUUACCUCAAUGGAGCAGACAUCCUAUGCCAAGGCUGGAGCAGUGGCUGAGGAGGUGCUGUCAGCCAUCAGAACUGUCUUUGCCUUUGGGGGACAGAAGAAAGAGAUAGAGAGGUAUCACAAGAACUUGGAGGAUGCUAAGAACGUUGGUAUAAGGAAGGCCAUCACUGUGAACAUUGCUAUGGGCUUUACAUUCUUCAUGAUCUAUAUGUCCUAUGCACUGGCCUUUUGGUAUGGCAGCACUCUUAUCCUGGCUGGAGAAUAUGACAUUGGCAAACUCUUAACGGUUUUCUUCACUGUCCUAAUUGGAGCUUUCGGCAUUGGCCAAACAUCUCCCAACAUCCAGUCCUUCUCUAGUGCAAGAGGAGCUGCCCACAAAGUUUUCCACAUCAUUGAUAAUGAACCUAGCAUUAACAGUUUCUCGAAUGAAGGCUACAAACUUGAUGUUGUAAAAGGGAACAUAGAAUUCAAAAACAUUCACUUCAGCUACCCCUCUCGACAGGAUGUAAAAGUCCUGAAUGGCAUAAAUCUUAAAGUCAUGAGUGGACAGACUGUCGCUCUGGUGGGCAGCAGUGGGUGUGGAAAAAGCACAACAAUCCAGCUGCUACAGCGCUUCUAUGACCCACAGGAAGGAACAGUGACUAUAGAUGGUCAUGAUAUUCGCUCUCUAAACGUGCAAGGUCUGAGAGAACUGAUAGGUGUAGUCAGUCAGGAGCCAGUGCUGUUCGCCACCACCAUUGCAGAGAACAUCCGCUAUGGACGUCUAGACGUCACCCAGGAAGAGAUUGAGCAGGCCGCAUGUGAAGCCAAUGCCUAUGACUUCAUCAUGAAACUGCCAGAUAAAUUUGAGACGCUGGUAGGAGACAGGGGCACUCAAAUGAGUGGUGGACAGAAGCAACGUAUUGCUAUUGCAAGAGCGCUUGUACGCAACCCCAAGAUCCUCCUCCUUGAUGAGGCUACAUCUGCGCUAGAUGCCGAGAGUGAGACUAUCGUACAAGCAGCUUUAGACAAGGUGAGGCUGGGCAGGACCACCAUUAUAGUGGCUCACCGGCUGUCCACUAUUCGAAAUGCUGAUGUCAUCGCUGGUUUCCAAAAUGGUGAAAUAGUAGAACUGGGCACACAUGAUGAACUAAUGGAAAGAAAGGGAAUAUACCACUCCCUCAUCACAAUGCAGAUUUUUAAGAGUUCAGAUGAUGCUGAGGAGAGAAAAGAGGAGAUAACUAUGGAUGAGAAAAGUCCAUCAGUCAGCUCUUUGAAUGAACGCACACUAUACAGACAGAAAUCAAGAAGUGCUUCAGAGAAAGGUCUGCAGGAGGAAGAGAAACAGACAGAGGAGGAAAAGGUUCCAGAGGUCUCCUUCCUCACAGUUCUGAAACUGAAUAAACCUGAAUGGCCGUACAUAGUGAUUGGAGUCUUCUGCGCCAUCAUCAAUGGAGCCCUGCAACCAGCAUUUGCUAUCAUUUUCUCUAAAAUCAUUGCUGUGUUUGCUGAGAUAGAUCAGGAAAUUAUAAGGCAGAGAAGUGACAUGUACUCUCUGCUGUUUGCUGGAAUUGGGAUUGUGUCCUUUUUCACUCUCUUCUUUCAGGGUUACUGUUUUGGGAAAGCUGGUGAGAUUCUGACCAUGCGACUGAGAUUUAAAGCCUUCAAUUCUAUGAUGAGACAGGACCUGAGCUGGUAUGAUGAUACUAAGAACAGUGUGGGUGCUCUGACCACCAGGCUGGCUGCAGAUACUGCUCAAGUGCAGGGUGCCACCGGAUUGAGAAUGGCAACACUGGCACAGAAUGUGGCAAACCUGGGCACGUCCAUCAUCAUUUCAUUUGUGUACGGCUGGCAAUUGACCCUCCUCAUCCUCUCCAUUGUUCCAAUCAUGGCUGUUGCUGGAGCAGUCCAGAUGAAGUUACUGGCAGGACAUGCUCUGAAAGACAAGAAGGAGCUUGAGCAUGCUGGAAAGAUUGCAACAGAAGCAAUCGAGAACAUCCGUACCGUGGUUUCAUUGACAAGGGAGAGCAAGUUUGAGAAUCUCUACCAGGAGAACUUAGUUGUGCCCUACAAAAAUGCUAAGAAAAAGGCACAUAUUUUCGGCCUGACAUUCUCUUUCUCUCAAGCGAUGAUCUACUUUGCCUAUGCUGGCUGUUUCAAGUUUGGCUCUUGGCUCAUUGAACAAAAGCUGAUGACCUUCGAGGGCGUCUUUCUUGUAAUCUCAGCAGUGGUGUAUGGAGCAAUGGCUGUUGGAGAAGCAAACUCCUUCACUCCAAACUAUGCAAAGGCCAAGAUGUCUGCCUCCCACAUCCUGAUGCUCAUCAGCAGAGUCCCAGCUAUUGACAAUAUCUCAGAGGAUGGGGACAAGCCGGAAAAGUUUGAAGGGAAUGUGAGUUUCGAUGAUGUGCAUUUUAACUAUCCAUCGCGGCCGGAUGUGCCAGUGCUUCAGGGGCUCAGGCUCAGGGUGAAGAAGGGGCAAACUCUCGCCCUGGUGGGCAGCAGUGGCUGUGGCAAGAGCACCACCAUCCAGCUAUUGGAGAGAUUUUAUGACCCUCUGCAGGGCAAAGUGAUGCUGGAUGACAAUAAUGCAAAGCAGCUGAACAUCCACUGGUUGCGCUCUCAGAUAGGCAUUGUUUCCCAGGAGCCCGUGCUGUUUGACUGCAGCCUGGCAGAGAAUAUCGCAUAUGGAGACAACAGCCGAAAAGCCACUCAGGAGGAGAUUGAACAGGCUGCCAAGGCUGCUAACAUACAUUCCUUUAUUGAAGGGCUGCCACAGCAAUACCAGACGCAGGCAGGUGAUAAGGGUACUCAGCUCUCAGGAGGACAGAAACAGCGUAUUGCUAUAGCGAGAGCCAUCCUCCGCAACCCCAAACUCCUACUGCUGGAUGAAGCCACAUCUGCUCUGGACACAGAGAGUGAGAAGGUAGUGCAGGAUGCUCUUGAUAAGGCGCGUGAGGGCCGGACAUGUAUCAUAGUAGCCCAUCGGCUGACCACCAUCCAGAACGCAGACCGCAUAGCUGUGUUUCAAAAUGGGGUAGUGGUGGAGCAGGGCACACACCAGCAGCUGCUCAGCCAGAAGGGGGUGUACUACACCCUGGUUACGUCUCAGAUGGGUCACUGACAUUAAAGACAUGCAUCUAGGCCUAAAUUUGUUUUAGACAGAAUCUAAAAACAUUUACAUUUUUAUAUGGUCUCCUGUGGUAGGCAGACUUUGAAAUUUUAGACGUGAACAGUUCUGUUUUCAUUUUGUUAAAUUAAGUGGCAUUUAAAACUAAAGACACUGCUGAAAACUGUGAAAACACUAUAAAAGCGUGGACAUUUGUGUCCAAGCACAUAUCAUAGGAGCAGAGCUUUGCUUAAGUAAAGAGCAAGACUAAAGCACUGCUGUUUAAAUUAUAUCAAAGCCUUGUCGUGUAUUUUAAGGAUGCAUGUUUUGUUCUGCAGGCAUAUGAUAAUAUAAAUCCACCUGACUACUUUCUUGUUGCUACUUGCUGACUCUCUGUGGUCAUCAAAAAUCUCAGGACACUUCUCGAAAAGAGUUGGGGUGUAACCCCGGUGUCCUGGCUAUAUUCCCUCAUUGGCCCUUAUCAAUCAUGGCCUCCUAAUAAUCCCCAUCCAUUAAUUGGCAAAUCUAAUAAUCAGAAUAAUAAUGAUAAUUCAGCAUAAUAUUAUAAUAAUCAACCAGCAAUGUUUAGCUGGGGUUUAAAAAAAAAAAAAAAGUCAGUGAAGUAGCUUUGCACAGUAAAAACAUUUCAAGGUAAAUAAUGCUUUUUAUUAAGCUACUAUGUAUCAUUGUGUAUGAAAUAUAAAUAUAAAGUGCAUAUCAAUG